AUGGGUAAACUUCAAGUCCAUGAACAAAAGAAGCAAAAUAAAAUUGAAGCAGCUAAUACAGAGCAAAUACUUCAAUCAAAGGUGGAGGCCAAAGAUCAAAAAGGAAAGGAUCAAGGGCAAUCUCAAGCAUUUCGAGAUGCUAGUAGCAACAUAAGAGGUAGUGGCAACAACUACCGUGGUCGUAGUCAAGGUCGUAGUCAUGGUCGAGGGGGCUACAAUGGUGGAAGAGGCCGAACUUCAAAUUUCAACAAUGGAAGAGGUGGUAGAAGAGGUGAACAUGAUCGAGGUAGAAGAUUAAAUGGAGGUCGUGACCAAGCAAGAUCCAAUGUUCAAUGCUAUAAUUGCCACAAAUAUGGGCAUUAUAGCUAUGAGUGUUGGAACAAUGAGCAAAGCAACUACUCCGAAUCCAAAAAUCAAGAAGGAGAGCCAACUCUUCUUUUGGCAUGCCAACAAAAUGGAGAUUUGAAGAAUGUGUGGUUUCUUGACUCAGCAGCCACAAACCACAUGUGUGGAAGAAAAGAUCUAUUUGUGGAGUUCCAAGAAGGGGUGCAUGGUGAUGUGAAGUUUGGGGAUUUCUCCAAAGUUCCCGUCAAAGGAAGAGACAAGAUCAUGAUUCAACAAAAGAAUGGUACUUCUGAUUUUAUUUCCAAUGUAUAUUAUGUGCCAGACUUGAAGAGUAAUAUUCUAAGUAUUGGCCAACUUUUGGAGAAGGAUUAUAUAAUUCAUAUGAAAGGGUCAUCACUAACCUUAAGAGAUUAG